CCUCGAGGGAUUUCCUGAUGUUGAUCCGGACGUGCAGGAUUUUGGCACUGUGAUUCAUCGCAAGCCAACGCAGGAUUCAGCCCGGCGUCUCCCUUCAGAGUGGCUGCAAAGGGGUCCAGAUGGCCGGCCCACGAUCUAUGCCAGGUCUCAAGCUGUGUUUGGUCCUGAUUCUGGUGCUGGCCCAAUGCCAGAUAACAAGGCUUCGGGUUAUCUGACAGUGCCUGCGUCUGCCUAUGGUUCGAGACCUGCAUCUCCCGCUUCUUCUGCCAAGCACGAGACGAUCGGAAAGGGCAAACGGACCAAGAAAUUCAAGAAUGGUGGCGGCAGCAAUGCUUCCCUAUCUGCAGCAUCAUUCUCACACAUUGUCAAGUCGCCUGUCCUGGCUGGACCGUCGGAUGGCCGCCCUUCUCGUUCGCAGUUGGUUAACCCCAAAGCCUCAUAGGAAGAGGACAAGGGGAACAAGCCCGAAGCCGGCAAGAUGAAGCCUAAGAAGAAGAAGACCUGGAAGCAGAACCACGCAUACCAGGCAUCUCAGGACGGCACGCACCAAGGCAAGCAAAAUGAGACUCCCCAGGAGGAAGGCGAGAUGUCGCAUCUGUCUGCCAAGGCCAGGGGGAAGAUGCCCAAGCGCCCAGCCAUGGAACAACCAUCUGCUCCGACACAGAAGACGAGGUGGGCCGACAUGGUUGAGGAGGACGAUGCAUCAGAGGGAGAGGAAGACCACUUCACCCAGCGUCGUGGUGGAACCAUCCUCAUCUCCAAGCGUCGCAACAAUCAGCUGAUGAUCGACAUCCAUAGAGCCCAGGGCUAUGGCAGCGAGCGACUCCCCACCAUCUCUGAGCCGGCACAGGAGGUUAAUUCGAUGCCUGCAGCGGAUGAGCCGCCGGCACAGCAGCAUAGUGAACUAGUCCAGGAGGUGGAUGAGUCGCCGGCACUCGUUAGCCAGCACAAGCCCCACGGAUCCUACAGGAAUCUGCCAAGGGGAUUCGAUCCAUUCCCUCGGGCUCCCUCCCGGGGCCCGACCCCAGCAUCGGAACAGGCAUCGGCACAGUCUGCUGCACAGCCUGACACCCAGGGUCCAGGCCACCCAAAACCCACCAGCAUGACUUCGCAUGCCAUUCCCUCCCGGCCUUCCUCCCAGGACGACCCACCCUUGACGUCUGUUUCCCGUGUAACAAGCGCAUACUGGACCGCCAGGAGCGGCCCGUCCUCGCGAGAGAACUCGCCACCAAGCGCGGUGCCCGAUAUUCUGAGCACACAGCCUCAGCCCCAGUUCGUCUUGUCAGUCCAGCAACUCUGUGACCCAGACGGUGCCACAGCCCGGUCUGUCGCAGACCCCACCGCCACCAGCGACACGGAGAGUGGGAGCUGCUCGCGGUCUCCAUUGGCAGUUAACAGCACACUCAACCCGAAAGCAGCACCAUUCGUCGCCCCCGGCGGAAAUGCAGAGACCUCCUCGCAGGCGACCAGCGUGACUGUGACCGAGUCCUCCGGGCAGGACACUGCCAACAUUGCACCUUCCCAGCCCGGGGGCGAUCCUGGAGACGCCGCCGCCGGCCCAGUCAUUGUGAGGUCUCCACGCGCCACCAACCUGGCCGGGCAGGCUCCCACUCCGGUUUCCGAUCACGGACCUUCUCGUUCGGCGGUGCCUGACGUCCAAGCCCAUGGUCAGGGCGAGCCUGGAGGGAGCAACAGCCCCCCCAAGAAAAAGGGGAAGGGGAAGCCCAAGGGAAAAGGCAAGGAAAAGGUCCCUGUGGUGUCCAGGCCUCGCUCGGACACCGCGUUCAAGGUUCGGGACCCGGGGGUCUAGGACCUUGGGUUUCUGUAUGCAGGGUGGUCGUCACA